AGCCUAACGUGUGGCACACUCCCCAUACCACACACAGACACAAACAUUUGCCUGGCUCGCAUGGGCCAGGAUGAGGAUUCCAUUUGAACCUGGGAGGAGCCACGUGACCAGGCUUUCUCAGCAGCCUCCACUGGUGUCGGAAGGAACAGGGCAUUUGGUUAUCGCCGGUCUGCUUUUCCAGGACUAGCAUCCACAGAAGAUGGGGUCCACUGCCAACCUGUGAAGAUGCAGGAGGUGAGCCCCUCAUUCCGGAGCCAGAGCACGUGGCCGGCUUCCUCCUCCCAUCUUCAACCUGGGCUAAUGACAGCUGGCAGAUGCUUGGCCAUGAUGACAGGUGCUUGUCGAAGAUGUAUUUUUACCCUCUGGACAAACGGCAGUUGGCAGGAGUGGGGCAUUUUUAUGAGUUGAGGUACUCAGGGCUGGAAAAUAAACAGCCAGUUAAUGAGCUGGUCUUAUGGAAACUGGCAUAAAUAAUAACAAAGAAAGCAUCCUGUCCCUCCUGCGUGGGUGAGGGGAUAUAAAAGCUGCAGCUGGCUGGCCUCUGUCAGUCUUGGGGAACUCUGGCUGCGUUACUGACCUGAGAGCUGACCGGCUGGGAUCAUGGGGUGCUGCCCUGGGGACUGCUUCACCUGCUGCACUCAGGAGCAAAACUGCUGUGAAGAGUGCUGCUGUCAGCCGGCCUGCUGCGGCUGUUGCGGCUCCUGCUGUGGCUGUGGGGGCUCUGGCUGCGGGGGCUCUGGCUGCGGGGGUGGCUGCUGUGGAUCGUCCUGCUGUGGAUCUGGCUGCGGGGGUGGAGGCUGUGGAGGCUGCGGAGGCUGUGGAGGUGGCUGCUGCGGGUCCAGUUGCUGUGGGUCCAGCUGCUGCGGGUGCUGUGCACCUGUGUGCUGCCAGCCCACACCUGUAUGCGACACAAAAUGAAGACCUCUCCCUCCACCACUGAUGCGGUCCCAUCAAAAGCCUCCAUCUGCUCCAGGGGGACAGCCCCUUGUGUCCAGAACCUUCCAUGCCCCCAAGACCAUGUCUUGCCUUUUGUGUGAUUUGUAGAGGAGGGCUUGUUCUCCAAUGCCUGCCCUGGUCUUUCAAGGUACUGAGAAGAAAAGGCAUACUCUGAUGAGACGUUAAAACUGGGUCACAACAAAGUGAUCCCUAAGCUCAAGGGUGAAUCCCCAUGACUUUAUUUAUUCACAUGAAGUUCACUCUCUUGUACUAUAAGGCAUCCUCUUCUCCAAGGUGUCUUUGGGACCGAUCCCCUGCCCUGGCUUUCUGCUGCCUUUGAGAUGCAAAAGAGCCCACCUUCUUUGUGAGCCUCUUAAUAAAUUUGAGCAUGCUGGCAUAA